AUGUCGCUCCCGAAAUCGCCGUUUGCACCUUCUUCAUCUCUACCAGGAACUGGAGAACUAGUCCUUUGUCUUCUACCUCCUGGGAAACAGGUGCUACAGACAUUCACCUAUCAAUAUCCUCUCAAACUCAUUGCGCCCGAUCCUCACCACUCCGGUGAUGACAAGCAUGUAACUAUCGCGUUCCUCUUGACAUACGGAGGAGGGCUUGUUGGAGGUGAUCAAAUCAGUCUCAAGAUCGAGCUACAGGACGCCACUCGCCUUGUUUUACUCACACAAGGCAGUACCAAGAUCUUCAAGUCGCCUAACAGAUCCGUGGUCAGUCGGCAGGUCUUAGACGUCAGGGUCGGAUCCCUAGCAGCACUCUGCUAUCUACCUGAUCCAACUCAACCCUUCGCCGAGAGUGUCUAUGAGCAGAGGCAGACCUUCUACGUUGAGCCAAAUGGCAGCAGCAGCUUAUUGGUGCUGGACUGGGUGAGUGAAGGCCGUCGCGCACGAGGAGAAAGUUGGACGUUAUGGAAUUGGAAUGGGAGGAACGAGGUCAGGGAGAUAGAUGAGCGGUCCAAAGGAAGACUCUUACUUCGGGAUGCUGUCUCGUUGCAUCAGGACGACCCAGGUGCUACAGAGCUCCCUGGCAAGACUGACAAUAUGGGUGUAUUUGGCACAUUGAUUGUCUACGGCCCAGUUUUCAAAGAGCUGGCAGAAUUUCUGGUCCAGGAGUUCUCGAGCCAGCCGCGCAUUGGAGCGAAGAAUUGGGCGGUGAACGAGACCAGCGCACAGAAUGAGGGCACGACGCACGCUGAACUGGCCAGGCAGCGUGAGCAGCAAGAUGGUCUUUUAUGGACUGCCGCCAACGUCCGGGGAUUCGUGCUGGUGAAAUUUGGUGCGACAGAGCUUGAUGGAGCAAAGCGAUGGCUUAGAGAACUGCUAAAGAAAGAGGGGACUAUCGAAAAAACAUUUGGCCAUCAAGCAUUUCUAUGUCUUCGGUGA